GAGUCCUCUCUGGCUGUUUCGCUUACCUGGCGCUUCUGCCGUGCCGGGGCACGUGGUGCGGCCGGGACAUGCGGGGCGGCCGCAGGGCAGGGCCGGCCUCAUCCCGGCAGCCGUGCCGGCAAAAAAGGGGGAUAUUUUGGUCUCUUUCUCUUUUGGUUUUGGUAAAAGUGGGGCAUGCACUCACGUCUAGGGCUCUGCUCCGCCUGGGAACGGCACGCUCUCAGCAGAAGAGGAAACCCCAAGCGCGGGAAGCUGCGCUGAGCACCGGGGCUGCCGCCACGCCCGAGAGGGGCACCGAGGGGUGCGGGGGGAUCGGGCAGCCGGGCCGGGCGGCGGAGCCCCGGAUCCGGGGGACAGCCCGGGUGGGCCAUGCUGCGCUGGCUGCUGGCGGCGCUGGCGGCGCUGGCGGCGGGCGGUAAGUGCUCCUGCGGUGCUGGGAGAUGAGAGAUAACUUCAGAAGACUUUCAAUGAAUGAUUCGGGGGCGAUAAGACCUGGGGAGCUCCCGGAGAGAGAUGGAGAUACUCACCCAAAACCACAGGGACGGAGUUAAGAUGGUGAAUCCCCGCUGGCAGCGGGCAGGAGCCGGGGCGAGCGGCACCGGCAUCAGCGGGAAGGGGGAACACGGGGGGCUUGGGGUGACAAUCGCUGGUGCCGCUGCUCUGAUUCCCCAUUUGAGCAACAUGGCAAGCAGGCAACAGCCACACCACCGCUCCCCCCAUGCACGCGAUGGAGUUGGGAUGCAGGAGCUCCCAGCCACUGCCCUGUCCCGCAGGCACCCGGGCAGCCCACGACGUCUCCUGCUGGAAGAAAUGCGACACCUCCAGGCUUUUCUACUGCUCCUGGCAGCCCCUCGGCCCCGCCGGCAACACCUCCUACACCCUGAACCUCUGGUGAGUUGGGCAGCGCGGCGGGGAGGGGAAGCCCAUGGGAUGAGUCCCGGGUGCCACCCUGUGCCCGCUCCCUCCCCAGCUUUGAGAAGCGCAGCCUGUGCCGCUGGUUUAAGGCCGGCACGGCGACCAGCUACAGCCUCUUGGGUAGCCAAGUGUACAUCUUCGACAACACCACGGCCUGGGUGGAGGCACGCUGGGGGGACCAAGUCCGCAGGACCCCCAACCACACCUUUCACCUCAACAAGGCUGGUGAGUGCCCCAGGGACCGGGCUGGCAGCCAGCACCGGCACUGAAAACUGCCAGACCACCCAAAACUGCCUCAUCCUUCCAGUCAAACUGGAUCCUCCUACUGGGAUGUCCUUCUCCAAGGCCGGCAGCCAGCUGAGGGUGCGGGUGCCACAGCCACAGUGCAAGGGCCUGGAGCAGCCACCACAGCACGAGGCUCGCGUCUGGAGGCUGGGAGACAGUGGCUGGACACAGGUGACAUGUGAGACAGUGAUGGUGACAGCUGCAGAAAACUCAGUGACCUGUGCCCUGGGGGACAAUGGCACCUUCGUGGUCCAGCUCCGGCACAAGCCUCCCCACUGGAGCAGCUCCUGGAGUGACUGGAGCAGCAACACCUCUGAGGAAAUCCUGAGGAGGCCGGUGCUGAGCCAUCAACUGGGCAAACUGGGGAGAGACGGGCAGCGGGUGCUGAGGCUGAGCUGGCAGCCAGUCCUCAAGGAGCAAAAGAAUGUCACCUACAAGGUCAACAUGUUGGCGUGUGGCUGUGCAGAGCCAGAGGAGCACACGGUGGUGCUGGGCGGGGAGGUGACAGAGCACAACAUCCCCCUGUCCGGGGCGGAAUACGAAAUCCUGCUGACCGCCGUCAAUGCCGCGGGGCGGGGGCCGGGGCAGCGGCUCCGUGUGCCGGCAGAGCAGCGCGCAGGUACCGGCCCCUCUAGAAAUGCCGAGCUCCCCCGGCAGCCCUCAGGGCGUUAUUUUUUUCCAGCUGCCUCUAAAAUCCGCCGUUUCACCCCAGAUCUCAGCUUCAAGGAGAUCAGCGUGGCCGGCAGCACCGUGACUGCGCGGUGGGAAGCGCCGGUGCCCGGCGAUGCCUUCUGCUUCGAGCAGCAGACCCUGCCAGAGCCUCCGAAACAGGGAGUCUGCAUCCAGCGGGAAUUCCCUGCCAACAGCACCCACGUGGAGAGAGGAGCGCUGGGAGCGCCGGGCUGUCACCGCCUCGCCGUGCACGGCAGGGACGAGGAGCGCGGCUGGGCCACCUUCGCCCUGGGGCACCGCUACGCCGGCAACGAUUCGCUGGAUGUGCCCUUCAACAUCAGCAUCGGGGAUGGCGCGGCUGUGCUCCGCUGGGAGCCGUCCCCACGGGCCGCCUGUCCCGGCGCGCUGGCCAAGUACCUCAUCUGCCACGUGGCCGAGGGGGACAACGUGACCUACAGUGAAGUGGAUGCCACGGCAUCGAACUACACCCUCCGAAACCUCCAGCCUGGCACGGGCUACAGGGUGGGUGUUUGGGAGGUGACAGAGGACAGCGAGAGGACCUGCAGGGCUUGGUGGCCCUUCCAGACCAAGGCGCUGGGUCCCCAGGGAGCACCGUGGAGAGGCAACCUGAGCUACCUGGGCAUCUGGCUUGGUCUCCCCGCUGCAGCUGCCAUCUACCACCUGAGCAAAAGGAGGGCUCGCCGCCUCCUCUUCCCACCCCUUCCCAAGCCCGUGGGCACCAAAGCCAUCCAGUUCUCGGCCGGCGAGAUGAGCCAGGGCCAGCCCCGGACAGGCCUCCUGGAGCCCUCGGAGAGGUUCAGCCCGGCCGAGCUGCUGCUGACGGAGCCGAAUCCCAGCGAGGAGACGACUGACACGGGCGGCCAGACUGCGGUGCCACACCCGGACGUGUCGCAGCCCGGCCCCGCGCUGGAAAAGCCGGCGGCACUGGUGAUGUCCCCGGCGGGCUGUGGGGAGGAGCUGCCCUUCGCCUACCGCAGGCAGGAGAUGCUGAUCCCGGUGGGAUCUCCACCCUCCGGCAGCACCGGCUGCACCGGGCACCCACCCGGAGAGGAGGAGGAGGAAGAGGAGGAGGAAGAGGAGGGAAGGCAGGGGCUGCAUCAGCCGCUGGUCCCCAUUGCCCUGCUCAUCUCCGACAAGCCCAUCAUCAUCAGGGAUGAGGGAGGAUGGGAUCCCCCGCCGGAGAAGUCGGUGCCGCAGCCAUCGGCGGGCUGGAGCGGCGGGGGUGGGCACGGGGCGUCCCCCGGAAUGCCGAGUGUCUGUGUGGGACGCUGAGUGCCCAGUCCGUGGCUGGCACCGGCACUUUCAGGGGGGUUUCUGGUUCCCAGGGCACGGAAGGCGAUGCCUCUGGGUGCGGCAUUGCACCGGGACAGGUUUUGGCCAAGGAAUUUCCAGGGUCAACCUCUCGCCGGUGAUAAAACCCCAGCAAGGGCGGCUGCAGGGUCUGGCCAGGACCGAGGGUGUUUCCAUGCCUGGAACUGGGAGGAGAGGCAGAACUUCAUCCCAGCCGGCUGCUACCUCUGGAACCAGUAUCCUGGUGGGGAUGCAAAAAAGCCCCAGGACUAAACACCAGCUACCUGCAAAAACAACAACAACAAAAACCAGAAAAAAAAAAUAAACACAAACAUUAAAAAAUUAAAAUAACUGCA